AUGUUGGCACGGUUUGGAUACUUUGAACAACUCAAACAACUCUGUCUAUCAAUCGAACAGAGAUACAACCGUCACAAAUGGUCAGAGAUUGAUGGUGCACCAUUCAUUCCAAAUUUGCGAUCACUCACUCGUCAUGCAGUCAUCGGUGGACAUCUCCACAUACUUGAAUGGGUGCAUCAGCGAUACUUCCAACAUCUCAACGAGGUAUUCUAUGAGCUUGCGACAGAGAUCAUUCAAUAUGAUCGAGUUGACAUUGCUCAAUUCUUUGCACAACAUCCCGAGUUCAGAGCAUUCAAUAACUUUCCAACAACAAAGAACUCUAAUCCUACCAAUUAUCGGACAAGCGAAGCGAUGAUACAUACUUUGAUCAAAGUGUUUGGAAUCAUAUUGCCAUUCAAGAAUGAUCUCGAUCACAUCCCAGAUGCAAUGAUCAAUCAUCUCAACAUUGAUGCUGAUGGAUGUCUACGACUGCUCCGUCUUUUCUCGGUAUGGUCAUGUGGGAAUCUCGACAUGAUCAAGUAUCUUCAUGCCAAUGGACUGCCAUUCCAUGAAUCUACUAUCGAUGAUGCUGCUCAUCUCGGCCAUCUGGACGUCAUCCAAUACCUCCUCGAGAACAAGUCGGAUAUAGUAAUCACACAUAGAGCGAUGGACAAUGCUGCGAGGAAUGGCCAUCUUAACAUCGUGCGCUAUCUUCAUGAACAUCGAUCUGAAGGCUGUACAAGUCGGGCGAUGAAUGGUGCCGCUGAACAAGGCCACCUGGAAGUUGUCAGAUUCCUUCACCAGAAUCGCACCGAGGACCUCGACCUUUCAACUGCCUUUGGGCGUGCAGUUGUCGAGGGACACCUGUCCGUGGUCGAAUACCUACAUCACAUCGACCCGAGUGUAGGUGAUACAGACGAGGCGCUGAUGAACGCAGCAAUUCAAGGGCAUGCGCAGAUAGUUCAGUUCAUUUGCGAGAGGUAUCCAAGCCUUAGAAUCAGUAAUGCGUACCUGAUGAGCGUGAGGUCGCAUCAGGUCCUAGAGGUACUUGAUCGAUUGAUGCCAAGUCAGAUAUGGGAGGAUGACAACAUAUACAAUGAAGUCGAUGUAUCUCAUAUGAAUAUGAUUGAGUAUAUCAUUGACAACAAGUCGACAGAGUAA